UCUACCAGCGGCGGAUCCGUCCCGGACGGCACCUGGCCCACCAGCGCCGGCACCGUCCAGUUCGCUGAAGCUCGCAUCGUCAAGGCUGGCGAGGUGUUCGACGGCAAGAUGAAGACGUACGAACGCUCCGACGUCUCGUGCGAGGGUCAAACCGAGAGCGGCGCCGACACGGCCGUGUUCAAGAUGGAGCCCGGCUCGACGCUCAAGAACGUCAUCAUCGGCAAGAACCAAAUGGAGGGCGUCCACUGCGAUAAGCACGACUGCACCAUUGAGAACGUCUGGUGGGACGACGUGUGCGAGGACGCGCUGAGCGUCAAGGGCGGCACCGCCUCCAGUGUCACGACGGUCACGGGCGGCGGCGCUCGCUCGGCCGACGACAAGGUCAUCCAGCACAACGGCUUCGGUACCGUCAAGAUCGACGGCUUCUACGGCGAGGACAUCAGCAAGCUCUACCGCUCGUGCGGCACGUGCGGCGACAAGCAGCGCAAGGUGGACGUGUCGAACGUGUACAUCGUGAACCCGGACAACGCCGUGGUGACGGUCAACAAGAACUGGAAGGACGAGGCCACGCUGAGCAACAUCUGGGUCAAGUCGAGCGGCAAGAAGGUGAAGAUCUGUCAGUGGUCGCAGGGCAACGCCGACGGCGAGCCUUCGAUGCUGGGCGACGGUCCGUCGCCUCCUUUGUGUCAGUACUCGGAGAGCGACAUCCACCUGAACCAGGACGUGUCGAAGGCUGGUGGUUCGACGCCGAGCCAGGGAUCGACCCCCUCGACGCCUUCAACCCCUUCGACGCCUUCGGAGGGCAGCAGUACUUCCGAGUCCGAGCCGACUACCCCCGCCCCUGCUAGCGAUGCUGGUGAGAGUGGCGAAGAUGCCCCCGUUCAGACUGUCGGUGGCAGUCAGACCUCUGAAACGCCGACUACCGAGUCGAGCGGUACCGACAACGGCGGUGACGAGGAGACGAGUGUCUCUAAGGGAGGAGACGACGGUGAAAACACUUCGACCGGCAGUGAGACUUCUGGUGGUGAAACCACGCAGGGUUCGUCUACCUCGGCAGGCAGCCAGACUCAAUCUCAGACCACUCCCUCUUCUUCUGCGGGCGGAACUCUUCCGGACGGCACAUGGCCUACCAGUACGGGAUCCGUCAAGUUCACGGCGCCCCGCGUUAUCAAGGCCGGUGAGGUCUUUGACGGUAAGAUGCAGACGUUCGACCGCUCCGACAUCACGUGCACGGGCGGCGAGGGCCAGAAGGACACCGCUGUCUUCCUCGUGGAGGCUGGCGGCACCCUCAAGAACGCCAUCAUCGGCAAGAACCAGAAGGAGGGGGUGCACUGUGACGACCACGACUGUACCAUUGAGAACGUUUGGUGGGACGACGUGUGCGAGGACGCGCUAAGCAUUAAGGGCGGUACUGCUUCCAGUGUGACCACCGUGACGAACUGUGGCGCGAAAUCUGCCUCGGACAAGGUGGUGCAGCACAACGGCCAGGGUACGGUCAACAUCGACGGCUUCUACGCUGAGGAGUUCGGCAAGCUCUACCGCUCGUGCGGUACUUGUGGCGACAUUCCUCGUACCGUGACGCUGAAGAACGUGUACGCCGUGAACCCGUUGGUGAGCGUUGUUACGGUGAACAAGAACUACGGCGACAAGGCCACUCUGAGCAACAUUUGGGUGAAGACUUCGAACGGCAAGGACGAUGUCAAGGUGUGCCAGUGGUCGCAGGGCAGCAAGGACCCGAAGAACGUCGGCGACGGUCCCUCUCCGCCUCUGUGUCAGUACACGGACAGCGAUAUCCAUAUCAACCAGGAC